AUGGCCGAAGACUUGUUCAGUGAAUACCUGGGCGGAUCGCUCGCAUCGGGCGUGAAGGAGCUCUGGGUCUACAAGUGGAUUGACCUCCUUACCGCUGAUGUUCUGGAGUACUUCAGAGAGUUGGAGACGCUGGUAGUGGUGGAUCCCGCUAGGCACCAGGGCUCAGAAACCGAGGAGCCCACGCCUACGACGGAGACGUCGCAGCCGUGA